AUGAAGAAAGAAAUAGCCGAUUUCGUGAGUAGGUGCUUGAACUGUCAGAAAGUCAAGGCCGAGCGAUGCAAGUCCAAAGGAUUGGUGCAACCUUUGGAGAUACCUCAAGGGAAGUGGGACUCCAUUUCUAUGGAUUUCGUGGGUGGAUUACCCAUGACCCACUCAGGCAAGGACAAGAUUUGGGUGAUAGUGGAUCGUUUAACUAAGACGGCUCGGCUAAUCGCUAUGAAAGAAACGUGGUCAAUGACACAAUUAACCAAGGCGUACGUGAGUCAGUUACCACUCAAGCAUUCAAAUGGAACCGAAGCCCGUUAUGGACAGAAAUGCCGAAGCCCGUUAUGUUGGGAGAAUUUGGUUAAUCCGGUGAUGUUGGGGCCUCAAUAUUUGCAUGAUACCGCAGAGAAGAUCAAGUAUAUCCAAGGUAGAAUGAAGAUGGCUCAAGAUAGACAAAAGUCCUACGCGGACUUAGGAAGAAAACCAGCAGAAUUCCUAGUUGGGGAAAAGGUUUGGCUGAAAGUUUCUCCCACCCGGGGAGUGAUGAGGUUCGGGAAGAAGGGCAAGCUGAGCCCUAGGUUUAUCGGACCUUAUGAAAUCCUUGAAAGGAUAGGAAAUCUGGCUUACCGUUUGGCGCUACCGAUGGAGUUGGAGCGGGUGCAUAACGUGUUUCAUGUGUCACAGUUAAAGAAGUAUGUGUACGACCCUUCGCAUGUGAUUCCGCCGGAAGUGGUGCCCCUUGACGGGACCAUGUCUUAUGAAGAAAGGCCGAUUCGGAUCUUGGACUCUAAAACAAGAUAA